AUAGCAUCCCACUGGUAAGGUUCUUGCACCAAACUGAAUUUUCAUGGAAAAAACAAUGAGUGUUGUACUCACAAUUUGUUUCCUCUUGAUUGCAACCAUUAAUGUUGGCCUCUGCUAUGGGAACUUCAAUUCUGGUUGCAUUCCAAGCGAGAGAGAGGCUCUCUUGAAGUUCAAGUAUGAGCUCAAAGAUCGUUCAAACCGUCUCACAUCUUGGGGUGGUAAUGAGGAUUGUUGCGGAUGGUAUGGUGUGAUCUGCCACAACUUAACUGGCCAUGUCCUUGAACUCCAUCUUGGAAGUCUUUCUGUAGAAGAAUACUAUCCCUCUAGUGGUUUUCCUUCUUUUAGUUACUAUUACUAUAUGAAGUACAGGGAUUAUGAGGAGUACUAUAUGAAGUCAACAUUUGGUGGUAAGAUUAGUCCAUCUCUGCUCAACUUGAAGCAUUUGAGGUACUUUGAUCUAAGCAACAAUGAUUUUGGAGGAAUUCAAAUUCCCAAAUUCCUUGGCUCUAUGAAGAGUUUAAGAUACCUUAAUCUCUCUGGUGCUGGAUUUGGGGGAAUGGUUCCUCAUGAACUUGGUAAUCUUUCCAAUCUUCACUACCUUAAUCUCAACGGUGGCAAUUAUCAUAAAUAUGUUGAGAAUUUACAUUGGAUUUCUGGUCUUGCUUUGUUAGAAUUCCUUGAUUUGAGUGAUGUGAAUCUUACUCAAAGCUUCAAUUGGUUGAAAGUGAUAAACAUACUUCCUUCUCUAGUAGAAUUACACUUGUCAAAUUGCCUAUAUCUUCAACAUAUUCCCCCUCUAGUAAAUGUUAACUUUUCCUCUCUUUCCACUCUUGAUUUGUCAUUGAAUUAUUUCCAUGAAUCUUUUGUUCCUUAUUGGAUUUUUCAUCUUAAAACUCUUACAUCUCUUAAUUUAGCAUAUAAUCAAUUUCAAGGACCAAUUCCUCAAAAUUUUCAAAAUAUGACUUCACUCCAGAAUCUUGACCUCUCAUCUAAUCAUUUUAAUUCUUCACUGCCCAAAUGGUUUUUUCAUCUUGAAACUCUAGUUUCUGUUAAGUUGGGAUUUAAUAGCUUUGAGGGUCCGAUCACUGAUGAACCUCAAAACAUCACUUCAUUGAAGGAACUAGAUCUAUCUUCCAACUAUUUGAAUUCCUCAAUUCCCAAUUGGUUAUACAAUUGUAGCCACCUUGAGCUCCUUAGUCUUGAUGGGAAUUUAAUUCAAGGUAAAAUUUCAAGUGCCACUGGAGACAUGACCUCCCUCAAUAGCCUUGAUUUGUCAUACAAUGAAUUUGAACUUGGAGGAAUUCCAAGAUCAUUAAAAAAUCUUUGCAAUUUGAGGUUCCUCUCUUUGUCAGAAGUCAACCUCAGCCAAGAUAUAAGUGAUAUCCUUGACAUUCUUUCAGGAUGUAUUUCAAAUGUGCUAGAGUCAUUGGAGUUAAAUCGUUGUCAGUUAUUUGGUCAUUUGACCAAUCAUCUUGGGCAUUUUAAUAGUUUGACCUACCUUGAUCUGUCGGCUAAUUCCAUUUCUGGUCCAAUUCCACUGGAUUUAGCAGAAUUGAAGUCCUUGACAUAUCUAGUGCUUGAGAGUAACAAAUUGGGUGGAACUCUCCCUGCAAGCCUUGGGGGGCUUACAAAUUUGGUGAUGUUUGAUAUUGCUCACAAUUUAUUGGAAGGUAAUGUUUCUGAAAUCCAUUUCGCAAACCUCACCAAAUUGAGAAUAAUUGAUGCUUCUGAGAAUCGUUUGAUGUUGAAAGUUAGUUCCAAUUGGAUUCCACCUUUUGAUCAUCUUGAAAUCUUACGAUUGAGAUCUUGGAUUAUUGGUCCACAAUUUCCAGUAUGGAUUCAUUCGCUAAAGUAUUUGGAUGAAAUGGAUUUAUCAAACUCAGGAAUUUCUCGUAAUAUUCCCUUUUGGUUCUGGAACAUGUCUCUACAAUUUUCCUUAAUGAAUCUCUCUCACAACCAACUGCAUGGAGUCAUUCCAGAUAUCCUCAAUAUUGAUCCAUCUUAUUCUUUCAUUGACUUGAGUUCAAAUCACUUUAGAGGUCCAUUACCUCGUAUCUACUCUAAGGUCAAGGGAUUAGUUCUUUCUAAUAAUUCGUUUUCAGGUUCCACAUCUCACUUCCUUUGUUACAAGAUGAAUGAGGUGAAUACAAUGACGAAUAUUCUUGACCUUGACAAUAAUCUUUUAUUUGGAGAAAUACCAGAUUGCUGGUGGAAUUGGUCACAAUUGUGGUUUUUAAGCUUGAACAACAACAACUUUAGUGGCAAUAUUCCUGAGUCGAUUGGAGCUUUAACCCUGCUUCAAUCCAUGCAUCUUCGUAAUAAUAGUCUCUCGGGUGAGAUACCAUUGUCACUUCAAAAUUGUACAAGCUUAACCACACUCGACUUUGGUGAAAAUGAAUUGAUCGGGCACAUUCCAAUAUGGAUGGGCAGAAGGCUUUUGGAUUUGGUUAUUCUUAACCUUCGCACAAAUAAGUUUCAUGGCUAUAUCCCCAAGCAACUUUGCCAUCUGGUUUCUUUGCAGAUUCUAGAUCUUUCUCACAAUUAUCUUUCUGGGACCAUUCCAAGCUGUAUUAAAAACUUCAUUGCUAUGGCUACAACUGAUUUUGUGGCUCAAAUUUAUGCAAUGCCUACUCCAUAUGCAUUUUUUGGAGAUGAUACUGAGAUUGUGAUGAAAGGAAGAACGGUUGAGUAUGACAUUAUUCUUAAAUUUGUGAAAAGCAUGGACCUUUCUAGCAAUAAUUUAUCCGGAGAGAUUCCGAAGGAAAUUACAAGACUUGUAGCAUUACAAUCCUUGAAUUUUUCGGAUAAUUUUUUAUCUGGAAAAAUUCCUGAGAAUAUAGGUGCUAUGAAAUCGCUAGAAGCUUUGGAUUUUUCUCAAAAUCAAUUAUUUGGGGUAAUUCCUCAAAGCAUCACAACUUUGACAUUUUUGAGCCUCUUGAACGUAUCCAAUAACAAUUUGAGUGGAAGAAUUCCUACAAGCACUCAAUUGUCGACUUUCAGCUCAUCUAGUUUCAUUGGCAAUAAAGGACUAUGUGGACCUCCACUCAGUAACAAUUGCAGUGAAAAUGGUGUUAUACUCAACAAUGGAAUUGUAAAAGGACAAGAAAAAGGUGACAAUGGUGUUGAAGUGGAUUGGUUCUAUGUGAGUGUGGCACUUGGAUUCAUUGUGGGCUUCUGGAGUGUGUUGGGUCCUCUUUUGGUUAAUAGACGAUGGAGGCAUGCGUAUUUUCAUUUCCUGGAUUGUUUGGGGAACAAAAUUUGGUGGUUUAAGGUAAAUGUUGUUAGAGUUUGUUCUUCCCAUGGUUUUUAGUGAUGUUAAUCUAAUAUAGUGUAGAUUUCUACCUUUAUGGUAAAAGGAUAUGAAACAGAUAUAGCUACCCUUGUUUUGUGUAUAUAAAAGUUAUAUACAAAUCUACGUUCCCUUGUGAAAAUUUGAAUGGAGUAAUAUUUCAAGUAGUGUAGUAUAUUUUAAAUGGUGCCUCUUGAUUAGUUCUUGUAGAAACUCCAUUGUCUGUUUGGCAUCGUGCUCUACAUCUUCAGCUUUGGCUCUGUAUUUAUUUGUUUUGUAUGCUCUGUAUUUUUAUUUUCAGCUGGUUCUUCUUCCUUUCUCCCUUCUUUUUUUGUACUUUCUGUCAGGUUUUUUCACUUAGCAUAUACUGCCUAGGUUGGGUGUAAGGGGGAAGCCUGAAGGCUGGGUUUAGCUGGCAGUACAUGCUAAGUUUUUCCUGGCCAUUAAUAAAAUUCUGGUUUAUCAAAAGAAAAGGUGUCAUCUAAUAGAGUUUAUAUUCAUCAUUGAGAAGGAUAGAAUUUGGAAC